ACAAUGGACAGCUCAGAUAUGGAUGCUAACUAUAGUGGAGGACUGUUGGAUAUGGUGAAGGGAGGAGCUGGGAAGUUCUUCAGCAACUUCAAGGACAACUUGAAGGACACACUGAAAGACACCUCCACCAAGGUCAUGCAUCAGGUUGCCACGUACACUAAAGGGGAGCUGGAUAUUGCCUACAUCACAUCCCGGAUCAUAGUAAUGACCUACCCAGCGGAGUCAGUGCAGAUCGGCUACCAGAACCACGUAGAGGACAUUCGCUCCUUCCUUGACAGUCGCCAUGCCGACCACUACACUGUCUUCAACCUAUCGCAGCGUAACUACCGCGGCGCCAAAUUCUCCAACAGGGUUUCUGAAUGCAAUUGGCCUUCUCUCCAGGCUCCCAGCCUCCACAACCUGUUUGCUGUGUGUAAGAACAUGCACAACUGGCUCAAACAGAAUCCCAAAAAUGUGUGUGUCAUCACCUGCUCGGAUGGUCGUGGUCCCUCGGGUGUUUUGGUCUGUGCCAUGUUCUGUUUCUGCCACCUCUUCAACAACCCGGUUCCUGCUAUGCAGUUGCUCAGCGCCAAGAGACCAGGCUCCGGCCUGUGGCCAUCACACCGCCGGUACAUAGGCUAUGUGUGUAGCAUGGUAUCAGAGAAGCCCAGUCUACCGCACUCCAAGCCCUUGAUGAUCAAGAGUCUCACCAUUACUCCGGUCCCCUGUUUCAACAAGCAGCGCAGCGGCUGUCGGCCCUUCUGCGACGUCCUCAUUGGGGAGACGAAGAUCUUCAGCACUGCACAGGAGUACGAGAGGAUGAGAGAGCACAGGGUUCAAGAGGGUAAAGUGGUUUUCCCUCUGGGUGUGAGUGUGCAAGGAGACGUCAUUGUUUCAGUCUACCACAUGAGGUCUACCAUCGGGGGACGACUGCAGGCCAAAGUGUCCAACACCCAGAUCUUCCAGAUCCAGUUCCACACUGGCUUCAUUGCUCCUGGUACCGCCACGUUGAAGUUUAACAAACCAGAGCUGGAUGCUUGCGACUCUCCGGAGAAGUAUCCUCAGCUCUUCCAUGUGAUAGUGGACCUGGAGGUGGAGGGGAUGGAUAAGCAAAAAGACUUGACGCCACCGUGGGAGCAGUUCCCCUGUAAAGAUCUGAACCCCAGCGUGCUCUUCUCCUGCCACCAGGAGCAUCAGGAUGCACUGGCUAUUGCUGAGCCAAGUCGGCCUCACGGAGGCGCAGACAGUCGGAGCCACGGCGAAGAGAGCGAGCCCUCGGACGACGAGAUGCUCUCUCUCUCCAGCCAGCGAAGCAGCGCAAGCACGGCCCCCGCGAGACCCAGGCCCCCAUCUCCAAUGUCGGCCGCCGCUGCACCCGCCGAAGAAGUGGAUCUUCUUGGCCUCGAUGGGGAGGAGAUCAACCGGCCUUCGUCUCACCCUCCGUCUGCUGCAGCCGCCACUACUGACCUUCUAGGAGACUUGUUUGGGGGCCCACCCCAGCCAACCAGUGGGGCAUCAUCGGCACAGUCCACACCACAGAAAGUAGCCCAAAGCACUGCCUCGCCGUGCCCCUCUCCUGCGCCAACAGCAUUUAAUCCCUUUGGGACGGGUCCCAUGCCUAAGCCUCAGGACAUGAUGGGUUCAUUUCUUGGACAAGGUAAUGUGGGGCAGACAGACCCCUUCCUGCAUGCUGCUCGCUCUCCAUCACCCACUCUGCAGCCCAACAGCUUGGGCCGGAGUUCCCCCGUCCCGCCCACCAACCCAACUGUCAAUAUUCAGCAGCAAAAUGCGAAGGGAGGAUGGGACUGGAACAGACCUGCAACAACAAGCGCAGCAGGCUUUGGUGUGGGCAGUCGGUCAGCCACUACCAGCCCCACAGGCUCGGUCCACAGCACCCCCACCCACCAAACCAAGCCAAACAACCUGGACCCGUUCGCUGACAUAGGAAAUCUCGGGGGAAGCCUCGGAGGUCCCGGCUUCUCCAGCAAACCCACCACUCCCACUGGAACUGCCCCGUCCAUCCCUCCCACUGGCUCCCCAUCAAGACCUCCUCCGUCACCCCAGCACGCCGACGGGCGGCAGCCCAACGCAGGAGCCGGCUUCCCCUCGUGGCAGCCAGGUGCUGGAGGCGGUGGAGGAUGGCAACACCAAGGACAGGGCCCUGCCGCGCAACCAAAGCCCAGCCCCAGUCACACCCCCAUGCCCCACUCGUCGCCCCAGAACCGACCCAAUUACAAUGUCAGCUUCCCUGCAAUGGGGGGAGGCUCGCCCAGCGCAGGGGCCAAAGCACAGGCUGGCAUGGCAGGUUCUAAGCCCAAAGCCUCGCAGGCCAACUUUGAUGACCUGCUGUCUGGUCAGGGCUUCGCAGGGACCAAAGAAAAGAAAGGGCCCAGGACUAUAGCAGAGAUGAGGAAGGAAGAGAUGGCCAAAGAGAUGGACCCUGAGAAAAUAAAGAUCCUGGAAUGGAUCGAGGGGAAGGAGCGUAACAUCCGCGCUCUGCUGUCCACAAUGCACACUGUGCUGUGGGAGGGGGAGACGCGCUGGAAGUCUGUGGGCAUGGCUGACCUGGUCACUCCGGAACAGGUCAAAAAGGUCUACCGCAAAGCCGUACUGGUUGUCCAUCCAGAUAAGGCGACGGGACAACCCUAUGAACAAUAUGCCAAGAUGAUUUUCAUGGAACUUAAUGACGCUUGGUCAGAAUUUGAAAGCCAAGGACAAAAACCCCUCUACUGAAUAAACAGAGGAAGGGAGUCAGCAAAGGAUGUCCCUCCUAAUUCCGUCAUCAAAUCCUAAAAAUGUGUCAUCAUUUCUGAUCAACAUGCUACAGCCCUAAAACAUCUGCCUUUAUACCUGUGCUUCGACCCGUACCUCUCGUGUCAUAACACACAAAGAACAACCAGUUGAUCUGCAAAGACUGUCAAAGGACUACAGGACUCCAGCCACCAGACGAGCGGGGAACAGAAGAACCCCGUAGCUCAAAUGUACCUUCUUACUGUACGGAUGCGAUGCACCCUGGCCCUGAAACACACCCGGCAAUCAAAGCAGAGCCCCGUCGGUGUCUAGGAAAACAAAAAGAAACGCUUGAUUGAGGGGAGACAGAUUAAAAAAGGGCGAGAGACGACAGACCCACAUGAUAAGAGAAAAACGCAUCGGAGUGUAAAAGGUCCAGAGCCCCAGUGUAGUCUGUAAGGCCCAAAUAAGCAUUUAAAAGCAUUUUAACCACAAAAACUAAAACUUAUUUAGGAGUUGUAAUGGUAGGAAAACUGCUACUAGCGCUUUUGCUGUUGAUUUCUGGUUUGCUUCCUUCUCCAUGAGCCUUAUUUAUUUAGUUUGCUGAGGACAAUAGAAGAGGCAGAUGAUGUGGCUCUACAAUAAAAACACCGGUCGGAGGACCACUACAGUUUCCGUUGCUGACGUAAUAUUCAGAUUAACAAAAAGGUGCUUGUACUGUAGGAGAGUGAUCCAUUAUUGGUGUGUUGAUGUUAUCAAGCCUGCUGUGUUUCCAUGUUUGAGGGAAAUGAGGAUCGAGUACUGUAUUUUAGGGUUAGCACAUGUUCAUUUGCAUACAUGGAGCACCUCAGGGCCUCAUGCCUACUCAUUCAUUAAUGAAUACAUGUAUCUCUGCAAGGGAGCUCUGUGAAAGCACAAACUUCACUCGGUGCAGCUCUGAAGGGAAGCCAUUGUUAUUUAUUAUUUGUUCACAUAUUGCUUGUUUAAUUUGGUUUGUUUUGUGUAUCAAACUUGCAGCAUUUUUGUGGUUUAAAAGAACUGAUCAGCAGCAGCUAAACGCAUGUAAAGGACGUGUUUGAGACUUUAGGGCCAUUAUCUUUACUCAUCCACUGUAAUAUACUGUCAGAUGAUAAUGUCCACUGAUAGAACGAUCAUUAAUGUGGUUUAGUGUAUCGCACAUGACCACAUCUCAAAUUAUUCAUUUUUCUCAGAUCCUGUAUCGAUCUGCUGUCAACACUUUAUCAAAACACUGAUUUACGAUGAUUGGACGGUAAUCUUUUUAUGUUCCGAGACAUAUCCAUCACAGCACUGACACUUUUAUUGAUAAUUAUCAUGCAGCUUUUUGUCUGGAUGAGUAAUUCUGGAAUCAUAUCAACAUUUAGGAACGACACACAUGGUUUGACACGUCGCAGGUUUCUAAAGAAUAUCAAAAAUAUUCUAAUGUUGUCUCUCUGUAUUUGGGAAAUUGACUGCUGACAUGGUCUCCUUCUGUAAACGCAUGCAAAAACAUAAUUUAUGAAAUAACCAAUUGGAAGGCAAAAAACUGAAGUAAUUCUCAAAUUCCUUUUUCGGGGUUCGAGGUUUUCACAGGACUCCAGUGAUCCUGGAACAUCUCCAGCCUCCCGGUUUGCAAUGCUGACAGAGCUCGACUGUAAAAGUCAAAAGUUAGGACGCAUUUCCUCAUUCCAUUCAAUGAGAACGUGUGGCCAACCUUUUGACUGGUACUGUACAUCAUUCUGAUCAAAAAUCUGUUUACAGUAAAUUUACACACGCACAAAUAGAGACGAAUAUUUGCCUUCACAUGUUCAUGAAAUGUUUUUAAUGUAACAAUAUCAUGCUCUUGCUUUCUGUCUGUUUUGGAGUUCUAGAUUUUGACUUCAUCAUUCCCCACGAUGCACAUUGGCUUUGUUGGGGUUUUUGACUGCGUACUGAGUAUGUCUGCUUUAAAGUGCUGUUCAUGCAACUGGACAGAGCGCCUUGACUGAAACGGGUGCCUGAACAAGACUCUGGGUCAGAAAAGAGGCUACUGCUUCCCCCGUUGAUUUACCAGACACUGGAAGCGCCAGUGACACUAUGUGCUCCUGAGCUCCAGUGACGCUGAGGAUGUGAAAUGACCCUCACGAGCUCCCUCACUGGCUGAAUUCCCUAUCUGCAGUCUUACGGCUAUGUUAAAAAGCUAACCUCUAUAUUGUAUUCAAUGGGUGUGUGUUGGUUGAAGUUACGUAUGGAAGUGAUCCGAUUUGUAAAACAAAACUACUGUACGUUAAGUGUUUGCCUGUCUGCUGUUCAAGUAUUACUAAACUGUGUAAAAAGGUUGUUCAUGUGUUCCCUUUCAGGUCUGUUUACUGGUACAAGAUGUACAUAAUGAUCAAGUGCAGAGCACAACAAUAAAUAGUAAACAGAAAACAGAA